AUGUCUGGUCGCGGUAAAGGAGGUAAAGGUCUCGGAAAAGGUGGCGCCAAGCGUCACCGAAAAAUCCUUCGUGAUAACAUCCAAGGUAUCACCAAGCCAGCCAUCCGUCGUCUUGCUCGCCGUGGCGGUGUCAAGCGAAUCUCUGGCCUGAUCUACGAGGAGACCCGUGGUGUUCUCAAAGUCUUUCUCGAGAACGUGAUCCGUGAUGCUGUGACAUACACGGAGCACGCUAAGAGAAAGACUGUGACAGCCAUGGAUGUGGUGUACGCUCUGAAGAGACAAGGCCGCACUCUGUACGGAUUUGGCGGUUAGACACACCAUCCUGAUACAAAACAAACGGCUCCUUUAGGAGCCACCAAAUACGAAAAUAGUCAUGAUCAAUAAACGUGUUAACAUUUAUGAUGCAUGUUUAGGUCGCAUGUGUAUCUCGCUUAUUAAGAAUCUGGAAAAAAAAUUCAAUAGUCUUGUCCCUAAAAAAAUACCCUAUAGAUUUUCAUGCGUAUCUAGCUUUAGCUGGAGCUAUAGAUCAAUUCUCUUUAAAGUCCGUUACUUUUUUCAAAUACUCGCGGGUCGUAGGAGUUCAUAUGGCAAUCAAGAACAGCCCUCAAACAAGCCCCCCCCCCAUCAUUGCGUUCUUUGUAAAAAUCGCUAAGAGAGUUGGCGGUUUUUAAACGUUUUGCUGUUCUUUCCCCCCCUUUAGAGUGAAAAUCUUAUUGAAUCAGUCCAUCUGUAAGGUCUCCAAAAUUUUUCAUUGUAUAUUCAUAAAUAUUGAAAAUGGCGCGAUUUUUGUGCCCGUUAGUGGUUGAGGCGCGGGAGCCGAAAUCAUCGGAGGCAAUGAAGUUACCGACCACGAUUUUCCUUUUCGUUUAUUUAUAUGCAGCAAGUACAGCUUGGAUGUUAGGAAGAGCACCUCCCUGUGCGAUUGUGACACCGGCAAGAAGUUUUUUCAACUCCUCGUCAUUACGGACAGCCAGCUGAAGGUGACGGGGAAAGAUUCUUGUCUUCUUGUUGUCACGAGCAGCGUUGCCCGCCAACUCAAGGAUCUCAGCACUCAGAUAUUCGAGUACAGUAGCCAAGUACACUGGAGCACCGGCGCCAACUCGCUCAGCGAUUUUUACUAAAACCGAAUUCUCUCCUCUGUCUUCAAUACAGUCUUUAAAAUUGUAGCUCUGAAAACUUGUUAAAUGACUUUAAACUGUCAAUGACUUUUUUCCGUCUCAUCAGUUUUCUUUUUGAUAUGUAUUGAUAUUGUAAAAAGAGCUGGGAGGUAGUCUUUAGACUAAUGCGCAGCACCGGCGUGCGUGAUGAUACGUACUGUACUGUAUGGGACAAAUGCAAAGAAAAAAAAAUAGAUUUAAAAUUUUAAAAAGCUUUUCCUCAAAAACUUGUCCAAGAUAGGCCAAAAUGCGUUAGGGAAUGUUUCACAAAUUUCUUAAAUUUUCCAGUCGGGAUACCUCCGGACUCUGAUAAUAUUUGGCCUGGGUUGUUUUGGUCGGAGGAUAGAUACUUUUCGCAGGACUCGUUUUUUUCUCUUCUUCCACGCUGUUGGCGCUGUUCUGUCUUCACUCAAAACGCUUUUUAGCUGCGAACUAGAGCCAAAUUUCGGCGUUAAAUCAACUGACGGACAUUAAUAAAGGGGACAAGUUUAUAAAAUAUCUGUGGUGCUGCAUCGGUGGUGAUAUAAAAAAAAUUAAUCUCAGAUUAUUUGACAUACAUAGACUGGUUCCAAAUAGAUUCCCCCGUGGGUCACAUGCCUCUGACGUCACAUCGCGGGAAUAUGUAGCGCGAAAUCUUCUGCAUGGUACGAUCAAACGUUACAAUCAUGGCCACAUCUUCGGAGAGCGCUGCUUCAGAAUCUUCCUUCAGGUAAUGGUGGUAACUUGGAUUCGAAGUGAUUCUUUCUAAUUUAGUUAACCUUGUCUUCAGUAAAUACUCUUUCCUAAAUCUCGGUUUUCUUAUGAUGUUUUCCAGCGAUGAAGUCUCAAAGUUGAUGGGCAAAGGACGCCGUCACCUUGUUUGCAACGAAGUCGUCCAGGCUGUCAAAUGCUUUGAGGAAGCAACUCAGAAGUUGUAUGUCUUCAAUUUUUGUAUUUAGGCUGUUAUGUCCUCUUAAAUUGAAGUGAAGCAAGAGUGAAAACUUAUUUUAAAUGCUGGCCGUCGGUUUUGGGAUGACAUUAUUGAAUACACACUUCAAAGCCUGUCAAUUUCAGUUUUCAAAUGCAAGAUUAACUUGGUUUCGACAAACGAUGGAAUUAAGACUCUGAUCUUUUGAUAUCAGUCUGGAUCAGCACUUGCUUAGCGGAUGCUUUUAGACUUGUUUUCUUAGAACAAGGCCUUGAAUCGUAAAAACUUUGCUAUUCUGCACGUGGAUCAGAGUUGUCCAUUGUACAUUUAAACUUUUACACAAGUACAAACAAAAAAUUGUACAACUUCCAUCCUGCUCAUAGUAAGAGUUUUCAAUUCCAUGGACGGAUGUGGCUAAACUUGACAUGUGAGAAGCUUUUCGUGGGAGUAUUACAACAGUUUUUUUUAGCUUCUGUGGAAAACUUCCAAUCUUGUGAAUAAUUUUAGGUAAAUUUAGAUUCCUAAAGGUGAAAUAUUUGCCAUUAUUAUCAAAGCUACUUCAUUUACUCAGUUUUUACCGCCUUUUACUUAAAAUAGAGAUGGAAAAUAUGGCACAGGAGCUGAUGAAUGUGGUGAAGCAUAUCUCUUCUUUGGAAAGGCCUUAUUAGAACUGGCAAGGUAAAUGUUAUGAUGAUCAUUGAGGUCCCCCUCCUCCCUCCUCUCUAGUAAGAUCCCUCCCCCCUGAUGGACAGUUUCACACUACACAGUCACUUACAAAGUUUUCCUCAUGAAAAAAGAUUCUGGAAAUUUUGGUGGUGGAAAUUCUGGUGUAGCUGUAAAUGCAAUGUAUAUAGUGCACACUUUUGGUGUGUUCCAGUUUUAAAUUCCAGAAUGAAUGGCAGUUCUGAAAAGUUAGUCUAAUUUCAUGUUGGAGACUUUUCAGAUGAAAAUGUUGUAAAAAAAAUUAGGAAUUUUGCUAGUUUUCACAACUUCCCCUCUUUUAAUGCAAUAUUUUGGAAAAUAAAUUUGGAGAACGGUAGCAUUCACAAACUUUAAUGGAUUACUUUUGCAGAGCAGAAAAUGGUGUCCUUGGAAAUGCACUUAAAGAUGGUAUGUUCAGUUGAGUCAGUUUAGUCUUUGGUGAAAUUUUAAAUCCAACGUAUGUUCAAUUGAGUCAGUUCAGUCUUCGGUGAAAUUUUAAAUCCAAAAUACUUUAUGCAUAUAAAAAGUAAUGUAAUAUUUCUAACCACACUCAAAUGCCAUAAAAAUAUCUCACUUGAAACCUGUAUAUUUUUAUGAUAACUUUAAAUUGUUUUCUAGCUGAGCCAAAAAGUGAAGAAAGCAGUGAUGAGGAUGAGGAGAAGAUGGGGGCAGGUGAACUAACUUUCCUUUUACAGUUGAAACUGUGUUUAAACCAUUUACACCCUAACAUCAGUAUGCAUAUUCUCCAUACUGUUCUCUAUACAUUUCCUAAGGUGCUGGCAGGGAGAAUUUGUUUAACAAUCUAGAGCUUCUGUCAUUGGUGAUCAUUUCCUUUUUCUUGUGAUCUUUGUGUGAUUUUGGGGGUGAUAUUGUAAGGAGAAAUUAGAUGCUGGUCACUCUUAGGGGUUAAAGGAUUAAGUGGUCACCCAUGGGGAAUUUUGAGGUGACCACCUAAUACAUGUUGGCUGCUAAAUAGAGGUUCCACAGGCUAGAAAAUCAUAAAAAAAAACUAAAAAAUGAUGAAAAAAACAAAUGUUUUCUCAGAACUAACCAAUAAUUGAACAAAAACUUGCUCUAAAAUACUACUAACAUUGAUUUUGGGAGUUUAACAUAGAUUAAAUUUGAACUGAGAGAUUAUUGUGAAUUUCAUCUGAGUGGUUGUGCUUUAAUUGACCAUUUGAUAACAACUGUACAACCUCUUAACCCUUUACACCUUAUCAUCAUUAUGAAUUUUCUCUUUACUGUUCUUUAUACAUUUCAUAAGAUGCUAACAAGGAGAAUUUGUCUAACAAUCAGGAGCUUAUUUAGUUGGUGAUCAUUUCCUUUAUUUUCAUGACUUAAAUAUGUAAUUCAAGGGUGAUUUUGUUAGGAGAAAUUAGAUACCAGCCACUCUUAGGGGUUAAAGUGCUAAUAGAGACAACAAUUACAGUGCUUAAAGAGGAAAAAUUUCAGGACUUUGAAAUCUGACUGUUUGAGAUAGGAUAGUAUGGUACUGCUUAAUAUAGAUUCCACUAUAAUAAGGUUGUAGUACUUAAAAGAGCAUUGCAAACUCACAUGUACAUUUUUGUGGGCAGCCAGAAUUGGAUUAGGAGAUCUGUAACCCUGGAGAACAGUUUUGUUCAAAUUCAUCUUUCCACUCAUAAUGCUCAAUUUCCUUGAAGAGGUCCAAUUUUUAUUUUACUUUACUGGGACUUUUGACAGGCAUUGAGAGGCCUGGGUUCAAGACCUGGCCAGGUUACAGUGUUGUGUUCUUUGGCUGAUUGCUUAACUCUCACAGUGCCUCUCUCUCUCCACCCAGGAGUAUAAAUGUAUACUGGGGGGGAGGGUGAGAGGGAGGUAACCUGUAAUGAACAAGCAUCCCUUUAAGGGGGGGGGGGGCUAGCAAUAUUUUUAGUUGCUUUAUGCUACAGAAAAUAAGCCAGGGUGAUCUUUGGCAGUAUGGGCCACUUUAUGUAAGUGGAGACUUUAACUUUAUAACAGUUUUUCUCUCUUUUUUUAUGCUUUUCAGUUGGACCCAAGAUCAGUGAGAUGAGUCCUAGUGCUAAAGACAAGAUUCGGGAGGAUGUACAAGAUGCCAUGGCUGAGAAAAAAGAUGGCAAGUGGCAGAAAUUUUUCAUGAGUUUCACAUGUUUAAAGCACGAUUUCAUUUUAAUCAGAAGACUGGUAAGCUUUUAUUAAUUGCAAUAGAAGAAGAGAGUCCACAAGUGAAUGAUUUGGGUUAACCCUUUAACUCCCAUGAGUGACCAAGACAGAAUUUCUCCCCACAACACGAUACAAUUUCAAGUAGACGAGUGAUGAGAGUAAUGAAAUAUAUCACUUAGGGGAAUUAUUAGUUGAUCCAUUACCGGAUUCUCUUAACUAACAUCAUUACAAUUGUAUCUCAAACAGUAAGGAGAGUUACUAAUGAGACCUUGGGAGUGAAAAAUAGUCAAUGAAAAUACAACUCCCACAAGUCUCAAGGAUUAGCUAUGCUCCAGUGUGUCUCGCAAACCACUUACCCAGAAAGAAGAAAAAUUAUUAACCAAGGAUUUGGUCUAACACUAAAUUUACAGAACAGACUAACAUUCAAAGAUAUGAUGUAUUUGUAUAUUCACUUUUAUUAACCAUGUAACUCCUAGAAUUGAUUAACAUGUAACUUCUCCCUAGAGUAUACAUACAUUAUCUAGCAAACAGGUGUGAGAAUACUCAAACUUAUCAGGUACAAAAUGUUAUCUUGAUCGAACACCAAAUUCUCGUAACCAAUGGACAAGGAAAUGUGUAGCAGCUAAAGGAGAGAAUUUACAAUCAGAUCUUAGGAGUUAAAGGGUUUAUGUUUGUGAUUUUUAGAUGGUGUAAAAGAGAAAGAUAAUGAACAGGACGAGACUGCAGCGGAAGAAACUAAAACAGAAAAGGAAACAAAAUCAGAGGAAGAACCUAAAGAAAAAGCAGUGGAAGAGAAGGAAGCUGAUAAAGAUGGCGAUAAAGGAACAGACAAGGAUGAGAAGGAGGAGAAAAAAGGAGCAACAGAAAAAAAGGAGAGUGAAGGAGCUGAGAAAGAUGCAGAAGAAGGCAAAAAGUGGAAUGAAGAAGCAAAGGAGGAUGAAGGAGGUAGGAAGAAGGAGGGAGCAGAAGAAGGUGAGGAGAAUACUGAAGAAGGCAAGAAGGCUGAGGAAGAUGAUGAAGCGGGAGAUGAAGAUGAUGAUGAGGAUGACGACGAAGAUAUGGAAGGUGUGGAGGAAGGAACUGAAGGAGAAGGAAAAGCAGAUGGUGAUCAGGAGGGGGAGGAACAAGAGGUGUGAGAUGGUGUAUAUGAUUUAAGUUGUUUUAAAUAUCAAUUUUCCUGACAGUGGUGUCGGGAUGUUUUUUAUUGAUAGCUGAUAAGGGAGAAGUUACUUGUUCAUUACCUCAAGGAGUUACAGGCUCAAAUGACUUAGGGAACUGCUUUUUUUUUUUUUAAUAAGGAGGAAGUGGAUGUCCCAACUAUGCAGUUAGCUUGGGAGUUCUUGGAAUUAGCUCGUAUUGUUUUUGGGAGGUUUGUAUCUCAACUUUUAUAUAUUAACAACUGCAUCACUUAGUGGAGGUCAGGUGCCUGAGACGUCCAGGAGCUUCCACUAUUGGUAGCCAGCUCUUAGAUAGAGAAUGUCUCCCAUGGCUGGCAAAUCCUGGCAACUCAGCCAUGAGCCCCCAUGCAGGAAAGGGAAAAAGGCACCCAUCACACUGAAAAACAGUGGAAAGAGGGAGGGAAGGGGUGGGGAAAACUGCCUGGAUGUUGAGCUGUUACUCCAAACAAUGCUGCAAAUACAUGCUUAAAGCACAUGCAAGAAUGCCUCCAAUGAAGAGCACAUGGAAUUCAGACGCAUGCACAUAUGCAAAAAACUAGAGAACGCUGAAUGCUCUUUGUUGUUAACUCUCUUAAAUUGCAUUUAAAAAAAAAAAAAUGCAGUGUAUGUAAUUCAAUGUCAAAUCAGCAAUUCUCCCUAUCUCUUUUCCAUACAAUUCCUUGAAACUGGGUUGGGAGAAUUUGGUGUUAUAUCAAGUGAAAUCCUACAAGUUUUUUUGUUCUUAACAUUUUACCAGUUUGUUGAAUGGAUAAUGUUUUAAAAAUUGAAGGGAAGCCACACAUAACCAACUUUUUAUGAUUAAGUUUUACACCCUAACAUGAGCAUAUAUAUUCUUCAUACUCUUCAUAACACAUUUUCUUUUGUACCAAUAAGGAGAAUUCAUUCAACAAUCCAAGCUUUUUAGGUUUUCAAUCAUUUCCUAUAUUCGCAUGACCUUAAUAAAUGAUUCAGCAGCAUUACUGUUGGGAGAUAUUAGAUGCAGGUCAAUUUUGGGGGUUAACAGGAUUUCAGGUUGUAUUUGACUUUUGUGUGAUUCAAAUUGAGGAAGCAACUCAAAAAUUGUGAUGUUUUAGUAGUAAACAAAAUUGAUAAGGAGUAAACUGGCAGUAAUAUGGAGCUUCUCUUGGUUUUUAUGAUUCAAACAAAGGUAAUCAACAAAAGUGCGACUAAUACUUGCUAAUAAGUUUAAGAAAUUUAUACACAAGUCAAACUAUUUCUAGUUCAAGUAUUUAACCUGUGUACAAUAACAAAAAGUCUCCAAAAAAGUCAUUUCAGCCAUCAGUAACACAUUUUAUUUAAAAUAUUUAUUACUGAACAGCUUGCUAACCCUUCAACUCCCAGAAGUGAUUAACAUGUAUCUUCUCCCUAAUAUUUCCAUACACUAUCUAACAAAUGGGUUAUGAGAAAACUCAAACUUAUCAGGUAGAAGUUGUUAUCUUUAUCUAACACCAAAUUCUUAGUACUAUAAUUUACAGGGAAAUGUGAAGCAACUAGAGGUAGAAUUAACAAUCAGAUCUUGGGAGAUUAAGGGUCAAUGACAGUUUUUAAAUAUUAAUUUCCCAGUAAUUAUAGUCUUGUAUUCACUUUAAGACAAGAAAACAAAGAAGCUCAGUUGAAUUUGGCUGAAGUUCACCUUAAACUUGGUGAGAUCAAACUAGAACAAGGUAAGGGCUAUUUCUGUCAUGCUUGGGUUUACAAGUCGUCAUUUCCUUAAAUAUUUUCAUUGUAAAAACCUUGUGAUAGUUUGCUUGCAAAUGGUCUUGUUAAAGUGCUUUUUAAAUAAGCAAGUCUCUGCUUUUUUUUUUUUUCCAAGAACAAUUUGUUAACGCUGUAGAGGAAUUCCAGUCUUGUCUUGAUCUUCAAACAAAACAUUUAGAAGCUGAUGACAGACUCAUUGCAGAAACGUAUCCUUUGAUUUUCUAGAAUUCCUUGAAUGUGCAGUUUACUUUAGUGCAAUACCCAAUGCUCCCCCUCUGCUGCGCUUUCAUUCAAGCACCUGAUUUAUUUGUUUAUUUAUUUAUUAGUGAUAUUUAUGCAGGCUGACCCAGUUCAGCUUCAAGUUGAAUGGGGGCAUGCAUGGGAUGUACCAAGUAAAACAAAAUGUAUUCAGAUAUAUAAAAUACAAAAGGAGCCCACAAUGCAAAUUACAAUUUACACAAAAGAUAUACAAAUCUCAAAUGCCUGGACUUCUCGUUUGAAUCAAGUCUUUUGCAUUUGUUGUUGAAAUAAUCAAUACAUGUACCCUUUCACUUCAUCUGAUUUCAAAUUAAUAAAUAAUAUAAUGUUAAACACAUUCUGAUGUUAGCUUAUCCUUUGUAUUGACAGCCAUUGUCAACUCCAGUAUGCAUAUUCUCCAUACUGUUCUCUAUACAUUUCCUUAGGUGCUGAUAGGGAGAAUUUGUUUAACAAUCAAGAGCUUCUUUAGCUGGUGAUCAUUUCCUUUAUUCUCAUGAUCUUAGUGUGUGAUUCAGCAGUGAUAUUGUAAAGAAGAAAUUAGAGGUUAACAUCUUUAGUUCCUUAUACCACUGAUUAAGCUAUGAACAUGGUCCUCUUCCCCCUUCACCAAAGUAAAGUUAAGCUGACUGGGAUGUGCGUCUGGAAUAAUAACUACAUGAAUAACAUAAUCAAAAGAUCAUCAUAUGUGUAAUUCUUCUGUUUAUUCCAUCAGCAUUAUACUUUUCAUGCUACAACAGGUGAAGUGUUUUGCCUGAAGUACCACUUAUUAUUGCUUAAAACUACUUGGUGUUCUUGAAAAAACAAAAGGUGAAAGGAUUGCUGUACCAGUUUGAAAAUUUCUUUUACCUGUCAUGAUUAAAGUAAGGGGGAUACAUAACUGUGUCUUGCGUAGUUGAGAAAUCUUGUUGAAGAGUUUAUUCCUUUAACUGAUCUCAAAGAUCUUACAGCAUGGGACUAGCUUACAGUUUACAACCAAAUUACUCUAAGGCACACGAAUUCUUUAGCAAAGCAUUAGAAUGUAUAAAACUCAAAACAUCCAAGCUAGAGGCUCGUGUGGCAGAGUGGGAGUCAAAGAGCAAAGGAAAAGGAAAGGCAUCAGAUAAAGAUCCUUGUGUUGUGGAUAGAAAAGAGCUUGAAGAGCUACAGAACUUGUAUCCUGAGAUCAAAGCAAGAGUAAGUCAUUCAGGGGGUCAGUUUAAAUAUUUCACUCCCAUGAUCUCAUUACUAAUUCUCUUUACUGUCUGCCAUACUAUUCUUAUUACUUCAGUUAGGAGAAUUUGGUAUUGGAUCAAUUAAUAAUCUUUUAAUUUAUUUUUUUUAUUCUUAUCACUUGUCUGCUUGACAUUGUAUAGAUAUUGUGGGGAGAAAUUUGGAGAGUUUCUUGAGUUUGUGAUCAUUUUGCUUAUUCUCAUGACCUUAAUGGGGUAAUAGUGUUGAGAGAAAUUGGAUGGGUAUCACUCCUAGGGGUUAAAAAUUUUUAAAAUAACCCACAUGUACUUGCAGUGAAAUGUGGUGAUUAUUUAUCUGUUGUCUUUUAUAAAGGUGGAUGAUGCUCAAGAAAUGAUGAAUUCAGCUCCAAAAGAGGUAAUUUAUUGUUUUAUGCUGUGGCCAUGUAAAAAAGCUAUACUUUUCAACUCUUUGAAUUUUGUUCCAAAAUUGAUUAAUGCGUUGAUUAAUGUUUUGCUUUGUGUCCAUAAUUAAGCCUGAUUCAGAGACAACAGAGGGCUUUGGAACAAGUGGUACAAAAGAUGUUCCUGCAACCACGGUGAGGAAGAAAUAGAAUUACAAGAUUUGCUCAUCUUAAAUUUGUCCUUUUAUAGUUUUGCAUUUUUUUUUCAACUUUCACAUUUUCUCAUGAGGGGAUGCAAAUCGUCUGUACUGUAAGUAUCCCGGAGAGUCCCCUACAUUUUCUUAGACUUUUAGUCUAAGAAAAUGUAUGGGGACUGUAAGGUGUCAUAAUCCUGUUGCUGCUGACAUCGAUGUGACAGAUAAUUGCUUUUGCACUGUUUUCUUUGCCGGCUUAUACUUGUCAUCAAGUUUCAAUAAGACGGCUAUCAUUUUUCACAAGAAUAAUGAAGUUUUCGUAAAUUUUGAGAUCGGAUGGGAUUAAAAUGGGAUUAAAUCACCUACAGAGCUUGAUAUGUACUUACAGUGCAGAUGAUUUGCGUCCCCUCAUGUUUCUUCUCCUAAGAAAAAUUUGUGUUCUGUCAGGAUUUAACUAAGUUAUCAUUACUAUGCUAAAACCAAGCAAUGAUUCUUCUAGUACAUGUGGAAACUAUCUCUAGAGCUCUCACUUUCUCUCUAUAAAACAUUUUCUGUUCUGUUUGGGUCCAAAUAACAGCAUUUCAUUCUAUUUGUUUACCAAAUUUUUAAGAUUGGGUAUUAUUUUGAAUGCAAAUUCUGUCUAAACCUACCUUAAUUUCUGAGUUACAAAGAAUGUAAUAAGUUGUUAAAACAUCAUUUCCUUUCACUCACGUUAGUGUAUUAAAUUAGAAAGUUGGACUGCAUGGAAAAAGAAAUCAUUUAGAAGAGAACGGGGUGUUUUACUCUCACUGAAGUGCUCCUUUUCCAAUUGUGGUUUUUAAUUUUUAUAGAUACCAAUUAAACAAACUGCUACUCUCAUACAAGUCCGCAGAAAGGUAAGCUCCUUAAAAUUACAUAUUGACAUAACUCUUAAGAUAUCAUAAGUGAGAGACAAGGUUGCCUGUGUGGGUCAUGCUGAUGUGCCAUUCAGGCCAAGAUGUGCAAGCCAAGUUCCCCAUUUCAGAGCAACUUUUUUUUUUUUAAUCCUUUACAUCCCAACAUCAGUAUACAUAUUCUCCUUACAUUUCCCAAGGUGCUGACAAGGAGAAUUUGUUUAACAGUCUAGGGCUUCUUUAGUUAGUGAACCUUUUCUUUAUUCUCAUAACCCUAAUGUGUGAUUCAGGGAUGAUAAUGUUAGGAGAAAUUGAAUUCUGGUCACUCCUAGGGUUAAUGGGGCACCCAGUCCUUCAAGUGUCCUUGAGAGGAAGCUAAGUACCAUUUAUUUCUCUGGCCAAGAUGUGCAAGCAGAGUUCCCCUUUUCGUCGCUUUUCCCUUUUGAUGGGACACUAGUCCUUCACAGGUACCUAGUGGGGAUUUUAUCUACUCUCCCUGAUAGUUUGCCAGGUACCAUUUAUUUUUGCGGGGACGGGAGCUUAGUAAAAGUUGUCCCACGAGAAGGAAACAAUUUAUUUACUCUCAAUUCACCCUUCAUGCUUGAACACUAUUAUUUAUAUUCCCCAUACUGUUCUCUAUACAUUUUCUUUUAUACUGACAAGGAGAAUUUGUUAGACGAUUAGGAGCUUCUUAAAUUGAUCAUCACUCUAUUUCUUCUCGUAAUGGUUACAUUGGAUUCAGGGCUGUUACUGUAAGGAGAAAUUGGAAGCCAAUCACUCAAAGGGGUUAAGGGAUUAAGGCUUAAAACCAGGAUGGAGAUAUUUUUUAAAUUUUGUACACAAUUGUUUUGCCUGUGAUUUUGUCAACAGUCCCUGAUAGUUUGCUGAGACAAUUUAUUUCUGUGGGAACAGAAGUUAUGCAGGGUUGACUUGUGCCAAGGAAAAAAAUUUAUUUGUCCUCAAUCAAGGCUUGGAACCAAGACAAAGAGUUUUUUUGGAAUUCCUUACAGAGAAUUAUUGUGCAAAGUGAACUAAGUAAACCAAAUUCAAUCCCAAGAUGCCAUUAGUAAUUCUUCUUACUGUCUACUUGGCUUAUACUAUUUUGCAAAACAAAACAAACAAAACCAGGCAAGAUAUGACAAAACUAAAUGAAUAAUGCAGAUAUUUUUUGUAAUAAGGUAAUUAACAAGGAAUGUUAUUCAUUUUGCAAAGUAGUAAUUUAAGAAGAGUUUCUAUUUUGCAAAAUAGACUACUAGUCCACUUCACAAAUUAGUAUCUCACCUAAAAUUACUAUUUUAUGAAAUAUAUUUUAAUACGGUUUAAGAAAUAAAAGGAGGUCAAAAUCUUUGGUGAUAUACUAAUUUGUAAUGUUUGAAUGUGUUUUUUGUGAAAUGAAGCAACACUGCAGGUUGAAAAUGGUUGAUUUUGCAAAAUAGUAACUCUUCUGGAAUAGCUACUUUGGGAAAUGAGAAAAAAAAUCCUUCUUAUGAAUUGAUGAUUACUCCAAAUCCUUGUGAAAGUUAUCUUUACCUAUCUGCAUCAUACCAUUAUGCUAUCAACAUUGCUGAUCCUAGCGGUAUGCAGGAUGUGUGUUAUAUGAACUUUGUAAUAGACCACGCUCGCCCAUGGAGUCUCUGUGGCUCACUGGUAGAGUGUUGGAGCACGGAAUCGGAAGGUCUGAGGUUCGGUUCCUCAUGGGAACUUGGAACUUUUUCUUUGUCCCAUGCUCGUGACAAGAUGAAAAACAUCUUUCUUUAUUAUUCCUUUAGUUUCGUUAUAUCUUGCCUGGUUUCGUUUCAUGUCAUUUUGUUUCGCAAAAUAGAAUAAGCCUGUCUGCUCUACAAUUCUCAUGACAUUGGUUUUAAGAAUUAGGUAUUGAAUCCACCAAGUAAUCCCCUGAAUGAUGUUUUUCUUUAUUCUCCUCACUUGUCUGCUUAGUAUUUUAUUGAUAUUGUGAGGAGAAAUUCUCUCUUGGUUGCUUGUAGGAGUUAAAGUUUGUGUUUGGUUUCAACUAUUCAUUCUUGUGUGCUUGAAUCUCCUAGAGGAAGCCGGAGGAAGAGAGUGGUAGUUCUGGUGCCCAGGACACGGAGGUACCAGUGAAGAAAGCUCGGCAAGAAGAAGAGCCGCCAAAACCUGUACCUACAGUUACAGAAAAUGGACAUGAUCCUAGUGGAAAUGGAACAGCUACCUCUGAACAAAAGUGA